CCAUAUUCCAUGAAGCUCUCUCUAUAUAUACAAAUGUUGGUUCCAUUGAGAGUUUUGUAAUUCUACUCUCUUUCUUUUCUUUUCAUUUCUUUAUUCUCUCUAUCUAAGAGAUUUUAUAGAGAAAAAAAGAGUUUGGGAAUUUGGAAAUUAUGGGAAGGCAACCAUGUUGUGAUAAAGUUGGGUUGAAGAAAGGGCCAUGGACAGCUGAAGAGGACAAGAAGCUCAUCAAUUUCAUCCUCACCAAUGGCCAAUGCUGUUGGAGGGCUGUCCCUAAACUUGCAGGAUUGUUGAGAUGUGGAAAGAGUUGUAGGUUAAGAUGGACAAAUUAUCUAAGGCCAGAUCUAAAGAGAGGCCUUUUGUCUGAAGAUGAAGAGAAAAUGGUCAUUGAUCUUCAUUCUCAACUAGGCAACAGAUGGUCAAAAAUUGCCUCGCAUCUUUCAGGAAGAACAGACAACGAGAUAAAAAAUCAUUGGAACACUCACAUAAAGAAGAAGCUAAAAAAAAUGGGGAUUGACCCUCAAACUCACAAGCCCAUUUCUCCAUCUUCUGACGACACCCAUUUGCUCCAAAAGAAUCAAAAGCAAUCACCGCGACGGCCAUCGCCAUCGGAAGAGCCUGAGAAAGAGGCGGCGGGGGACGGGACCGACAUAAUAGAUUUGAUUAUGGAUGGGUUUUGCACAGAAGAAGUCCCUCUAAUUGAGCCACAUGAAAUUCUAGUCCCUUGUGCUUCUUCUUCUUCAACAACCUCAACUUCUUAUUCGUCUAACUCUUCUUCCUAUUCCUAUUCUUCAAUUUCUUCAAACUCAGAAUCAGCUGCCAAUUUGCUUCAAGAUUUGGUCAAUGAGUUCCCUGAGUUUGAAUGGCCAAAUAUUUGUGAAAAUGGCAUAGUGGAAGGGCUUUUGGAAGAUGAUUUUGGUAGUAGUUGGGAUUUUGUGGUUAAUGAUUAUGAGGGAGGCAGUGGCAAUAAUGGGAAUGAUCCUUGUGUUGAUUUUGAAUUGGAUAAUUCUCAAUCUUGGGUUUAUGGGUUGUUAUGAGUAAUCCACAUCAUGUCAAAGUUUAUAUUAUAUGAUCAAAUAUUAUAUAUACCAUAAUAUGUAAUAUUUUCUAUGAGAGACUUUGGUUGUUUUUUUCCCCUUAAUAUAGAUUCAAUAAAGUUGCAACACAUUUUGGGGAUAA